AUGCGCAACCACAUCCAAUCAUGGUGGCAGCAGAUACCCUUGCCAACAACCACAGCGACACCCAGUUUCCAGACAUGGCAUGAUUUUGAUCGAGGGCAUCCAAUGCCCUCAGUCAGCGGCAAAGGUUCUCAGCCUGGCAUCAAGCACCAAUGGGCGGGCUCAUUCCGCCUCGUAAGCUGGAACGUGAACGCAGAUGCACCGUUACCAAAGUCUCGUAUGUCCGCACUACUGCAGGUCAUCAAAACCACAGGAGCUGCAGAUGUUGUUUUCCUGCAAGAAGUUUCAACAGAAGGUCUUGCAGCCCUGCUUGAAGAUUCCUGGAUACAGCAAAACUGGUACAUAAGCGAUGUCGAUACCUCGGCUUUCGGAAAUCAAAAGUUCAUCAGCAUCACCCUGGUGUCCAGGUUGUGGGUGACGACUGAUGGUAUCCAGCUAGGCGCUAUCUGGAGAGUCGCAUUACCUAGUCGUUUUGGACGAGAUGCGCUGUGCUGCGAUCUGAUCCUCAACUCUUCGAGCAAGCAAACGUCAGGGAAAGAGCCUACACGAGUUCGCCUGAUCAACGUCCACCUGGACUCGUUGCCAAUCAAUCCAUCGAUGAGGCCGCGUCAAGUUUCCAUCUGCGCUUCAUACCUCGGGGCUGCUGGUCGUGGGAUCAUCGCCGGCGACUUCAAUUGCAUUCUUCCGGAAGAUGACGACCUUGUCAGUAACAACGGUCUUGCGGAUGCGUGGGAAGAGCUUCAUCCGAAUGAUCCCGGCCAUACUUGGGGCGUGUACGGUGAACAGUCUUUCCCACCAAAUCGGUUGGACAAAGUUGCUCUGUUUAACCUCAACCCUUCAGCCAUGCGCGUCCUGCAAACGAGCGAAAUGGAAUACUACGGCGCAGAGACGUCGGCCGACGUAGCAGAACGGGGGUCAAAUGCGCAUUUCAGCGAUCAUUUGGGUCUCUGGUGUGACAUUAGCUGGGCAGAAGACCGACCGCGGCAGGAACGAUGA